AUGUUUGACCCAUUGCCGCAAGCGGCAGGAUACGCAGUGGUGCUCGGUCUCGGCGCAGUGUUCGCCAUGGGCAUGAUGGCAACGACCUACGCCCUCAGGAGAUACACAAGGGAGAUAAUCACCGCUGAGGAAUUCACCACCGCAGGCCGCUCCGUCAAAACGGGCCUUAUCUCAUGCGCCGUCGUCUCAUCAUGGACAUGGGCCGCUACAUUGCUCACUUCAACGACGCAAGUUUAUAACAACGGCGCCUCGGGAGGUGUCUACUACGCGUGUGGCGCCACGUGCCAGAUCACCUUGUUUGCGUGUCUUGCCAUCAAGGCGAAAUUGCGAGCUCCCAAUGCACGCACCUAUUUAGAGAUUGUCUAUGCGCGGUACGGGGUCGUUACCCACUGUGUCUAUAUCACGUGGGGUUUGUUGACGAACACCAUGGUCACGGCGAUGUUGUUGACGGGUGGGUGUGCCGUGGUGCAUGAUUUGACCGGUAUGAACCCCGUUGCCGCGUGUAUCUUGACUGUUAUCCCCUGUUGCGCCUAUGCGAGUUUCGGCGGGUUGAAGUCGGUCAUCUUGGGAGACUACGUCCACACCGUGAUUAUGUUGACGAUUAUCUUGAUCUUUGGGUUCGUCACGUGGCUGACGUCUAGCAAGUUGGGCAGUCCCGGGGUUGUAUGGGAGUUGGUUUCGCAGUUGGCUACAACGAGCCCCAGAGAGGGGAACGCCGGAGGCAGCUAUCUCACGUUGCACUCGAGGUCGGGCGGGAUCUCUUACGUGAUUAAUAUCGUCGGCGGCUUUGGUACGGUGUUCUUGGACAAUGGGUACUUUAACAAGGCGUUUGCUGCCAAUCCAGCUUCAACUUAUAAGGGGUACAUUCUCGGGCUGUUGGCGUGGCUUCCCAUCCCCGCGUUUUGCUCACUCACGAUGGGGCUUGGUGCAUUGGCGUUGCAGCAGACGUCGGCGUGGCCCUUGGGUAGAGACUUGACCCCGGCUGAAGUUGCUAGUGGAUUGGUGCUUCCGACGUAUGCCGUGGCCUUGAUGGGCAAAGCUGGUGGCGUGUUGACGUUGCUCAUGUUGUUCAUGGCUGUUACUUCUGCCUUUUCAGCGCAAUUGAUCAGCGUCUCCUCGAUUGUCACUUAUGACAUCUACAGAACCUACGUCAACAAGAAUGCUUCCGGUAAGAAACUCAUUUGGGUAUCGCAUGUUUCAAUCAUCGUGUUUGCCGCGUUGCUCGCGGCGCUCUCCAUCUUGUUUUACUACGUCAAAGUCUCGAUGGGGUACUUGUUUACAUUGUUGGGGAUUGUCAUCUCCGGCGGUGUUCUCCCUCAAGCAAUGACCAUCUUGUGGAAGAGGCAAAGCUGGGCCGCUGCGACAUUCACCCCGCCCAUCGCCACCUGUUUGGCAAUCACGUUUUGGCUAGUAGUGACCAAGCUCAAGUUUGGCGCCGUGACCUAUGACAAUACAUUUAUGGAUGACUCGGUCUUGACGGGAAACUGCGUGGCAUUGUUAGUUCCCAUCAUCCUCGUUCCCGCAUUGACAUACUUGUGCAAACCGCAGAACUUUGACUGGAGCAAGUUGUUGCUGAUCAAGCGCGUUGACGAAGAAGAAGAGUUGAAAGAAGCGGAUGCUUCCAUCGAUGCUGAAAUUGAGCAAGUUAUGUCGCAAUCGGGAGGCAAGGUUCACCCCUUGCGCUCGCACGUCUCGGAAAUCGUCAGCGAUCUAGUGGAAUCACACGAAGAAAGAUUUAUUCACGAGCGCCAAGUGUUGCUGCGGGCAUUCAAGAGGUGUGUUUGGGUCUGCGGUGCACUAACUCUUGCCUUGUUGAUCGUUUGGCCCAUGCCAAUGUAUGGAGCGGCGUACAUUUUCUCGCGCAGAUUCUUUACUGGUUGGGUCGUGGUGUUUUUCAUUUGGAUCUUUUAUGCGUGUUUCCAAGUUAUAGUUUAUCCGAUUUGGGAGAGUAGAGACACGUUGCGCAAUAUCGGGAACGGGAUCUACUGGGACUUGACUGGUCAGUCUCAUAAGUUGAAGGAAUGGCAAGUUGCUCACCCGGAGGAGUUGCACGUGGUGCAGUCGCAGAUUGAUGCUGUUUUGAGUAACAGGUUGGGAAACGUUACCUAUGCUGGCGACAAGGAGAAACGUUGA